AAGAUAUAAUGUAUAGAAUCUCACAGUUAAUUAUUAACAACAAUUAAGUUUGCUGAUAUAAUUCUUUCUAUAUAAACCCGAACACCAUCUCUAUUAACAUCGCAACCCACCUAAUAUCAUAAAAGAAAAGCCUGGUUCAUUUGAAAAUGGCCUAUCCAAGAAUCGGUAGCGCUGCCAACUUCUCAGGAGGCGGAGGUGGCGUAACGGUGGUGGACUGCCAUAAACAAGUCCGCUCAUGGCAGCUUUUUCGCUCUUUCAUGGAGCUUAUUAUCCCAUGCUGCAACAUUCAUAAUAACGAUAAUGAUGAUCAGUACCAUCCUAAUCAAAACAAAACAAUAGCCAAACACUACCCCCAAUCCCAUUAUUAUUACUUCAACUAUAAUUCCCAACCAAGAAUUUCUUGUUCCUCCACUUCAUCAUCUUCCUCUUCUUCCACUUGCAACGUCGUCACUGGCACCAUAUUCGGAUACCGACGGGGAAAAGUUAGCCUCUGCAUCCAAACAUCCCCAAAAUAUUCAUCAUCUCCCAAUGAUGCUCCUAUUCUCCUUCUGGAACUCGCCGUUUCGACCAAGACUCUAGCUCGGGAAAUGAGAGGAGGAAAUCUCCGAAUUGCCCUGGAGACUACUAGCCAUGAUAUUCAAGCUGAGUCUACUAUUCCGGGGUAUAAACGUAAUUGUAAUAAUCACAGUACUUCUCUUUUGUCCACUCCAGUUUGGACCAUGUACUGUAAUGGAAGGAGAGCUGGUUAUGCGGUUAGGCGGCGGCCGGGGAAAAGUGACUUGGAGGCGCUGAAGCUCAUGGGAUCGGUGGUAACCGGUGCCGGAGUUAUUAGCAAGAAAGAACUUAACAAUGCACCAAACGACGUCGUUGGGGACGAUGAGCUUAUGUACCUCAGAGCUAACUUUGAGAGAGUCUGUGGGUCGGAGAAUUCCGAGUCGUUUCAUUUGAUUGACCCGGACGAGUCUAUUGGUCAAGAACUCAGCGUUUUCUUAUAUCGUUCACGGUGAUUUUUUCUUUUCUUUCUUCCUUUUUUUUUUUUUUUUUUUUUGGAAAAGAAGGAAAAAAAUAAAUAAUUAAAAUUGGUUUGUUAAUUAUGGAAUAUUAAGUAUAUCUCUUUUGCUUGUAAAUUAUUAGUGCCCUGUAAUAAGUUCUCUACUUUCUUGUGUUUUUUGAGCUGUGCUAGCUUUUUGUUGAAGCAAGCUUUAUGAUCUAGAUUUGGGGUAUUAAUAUUAUUUUUUUAUAAGCUUUGUAACCUUGAGAUAUUGAUCAAUGUUUAUUAACUACUAGUACUUUUUUGGUGUAUUAUAGAAUUAAGUGUUAAAUUUACAUGUAAAUGACUCUCUGGCCAUUAAGAGCCUAAAUAAAAAUGAGACCGAAAGAAUUAAUUCAA